UGAAUAGAGAUUUAGUUGACGAUGUCGUACGACCAAAUACAUCGAGUGAGCGUGCACAUUCCCUAACCCUAACCCUAACUCUUGAAUAGAGAUUUAGUUGACGAUGUCGUACGACCAAAUACAUCGAGUGAGCGUGCACAUUCCACCGUGUGACAACCCCGUGUGUCAAAAGUCAUUAUUGAAGCUGGUGGAUUUGUUGCAAAAUGAUUACUGCACGUGUUACCAUGAAUAUAAACUCAGUAAGUAUUUAAUAUAAACUUCCCAAUUUUGAGUUUCUUGAAAUGUUUAUUUGGAAUUUCAAGCUACUAUAACUUUCUUCAGCCAAAUUACAAAAUUCGAAACAAAAGAAAUUGUCCUUAAUAUAGAACACAAAAAGUGGAAUUGGUUUGAUAAUGUGAUUUAAAAGACGUUAAUUACAGUUGGAACAUCUAUUUCUGGCAAGAAUUUUAACAAAAUAAAAAAUAUUGAUGUCUGUAACACACUUCUACUCUGACAUGGCGUGGGAUGUUAUUUCUUAUGCUGUGGGUUAUGUCAGUAGUAUGGUUACUUAUAUUAACGCUUCAGGAUGCCGACUCAGUCUUCUUCAUUCUUUCACUUAUUAUUCAGGCACGUAAAGAAGAAUGCUCAAUUCCAGUUAAAACUCACAGUACUUUAUUGAACACACUUUAUAUUGAUAAUAUUAAUAAAUAAUCCUUGCAUGAAUGUAAUUUCACAUAUAUAUCUAUAGUAUUCCAUCAUUAAGAAAGACACGUCCUCAGACUACUAUAACUCAGCUCAACUGUCUAAUCUCACAGCUCUCACGCUACUGACUGACUCUACUGCUCUGCGCUCAGCUCUCUACUAUCUCAGUCAACUCAUACUUUAUUACCAGCAAAGCGUGCAAAACAACCGCUCUGACAAAAACAUAAUUUUACUCUCCAAAAACGUGGAGUUCACAUUUGUUCUCAAAAAUACAAUCCACAUUGAUUGUCUCUCCCCGUGGAAAAACCUGGUGAACACACUCACUGUCCACUCAUGCUACCUCUCUGUUUACAUGUGAAAACAUAGUCCGUUACAUGCCCCACCCAUCUGAAAAAAUUUUGUGCAACAAAAUUUUUGGCAUUAUAUGUUGAAAUAAUGAUAAUGUCUCUUAGAAAAUUUCAAUGCCACAUCUAACAAUCAAAUCAGUGUAACAACAUUAACAUUUCAUCAUUAUGAAAUACAGAGUCUUUUACUGUUAAUAUCACACUUAAUAGUGAAUAAUGUACCCUGGCAAAAAAUUAAAAAAUCACCAAUGACAACCUCUUAAAAUCUUUAUGUAUGAUAAUGUGAAGUGACAUUAACAUCUUAAUGAAUAAUAAACACUGCAAAAUGAAUGUAACAAUCUUAAAUUUUGCAUUAGAAAAUUUACAAUCGGUUAAAAUAUGAUAUUCAUUUACAAAAAUUGAUAUGUACAAGUGUCUUAUCAAAAAACUGAGUGAACGUAUGUGUGUAUAUUCAUUUAGAAUGUCUGACUAAUGUGUCUUAAGUCAGUGUCUUUGUCAUUGUCUGCAUGUUCAAUGUGUCUGGAAAGGAAAUCAGCUACUGUAUUGUCUUUUCCUUUUAUUGUCCUUAUCUCAUACUGAUAAUCUAAUAGUAUCAACGACCAUCUGUUUAUUUUACUAUUCGCUAUUUUCUUUCUAUUCAGUGCCAUUAAUGGCUUGUGAUCAGUCAAUAAUGUAAAUUUUCUGCCUAAUAGAUAUUUCUGUAGUUUGGUAAGUGCCCACACAAUUGCUAAGCAUUCUUUUUCAAUGGUUGAGUAGUUAAUUUCAGUUCUGCUUAAUGCUCUACUUAAAUAGGUAAUGGGUCUUAAUUUAUGAUUGUAUUCUUGCAUAAGGCAAGCUCCUAAUCCAAUGUUGGAGGCGUCUGUAACUAGAGUGAAAGAUUGUUUAAAAUUGGGUGAUAACAAUAUGUUGUCACUUUGGAAAAUUUCUUUGAUUGUUCUCAGUGUAUUUUCGCAUUCAUCCGUCCAUACUAUUUGUUUCUUGCUAUCUUUAUUUAUUAGUUUCCUUAAGGGUAGUGUAACAUCAGAAAAUUUUGGAACAAAAGUGCUGUAAAAAUUGCACAAACCUAAAAUGGCUUUUACUUCUUUCUGAGUGUGUGGUGUUUUUAUAUUUAGUAUUUUUCCUCUGUUGUGUUCUGUGGGCUGAAUUGUGUUUUUACCGACUUUAAAUCCUAAAAAUUCAAUGUCCUCUUGUGCAAACUUUAAUUUGUUUGGUGCUAUUGUAACUCCAUGUGCUCUUAAUUUGUUUAGUACUGUUUUUAUAGUCUCUAAAUGUGUCUUCAUAUCCUUAGUGUGAAUACAGAUGUCAUCGACAAAAUGUACGACAUUUGGUAUGCCUUCUAGCAUGAUUCGCAUGAAUCGAGAAAAUGUUGCGGUGGAAUUAACUAGACCAAAUGGCAUUACUGUCCAUUCGAACAAGCCUUCCUCUGUGGCAAAUGCAGUCAAAGGCAUGGAAUCCGGAUGCAUGCCUAUUUGCCAGAAUCCUCUGUUUAAAUCUAAGUGGGUGAAUAAUGUGGAGGAGCCUAUUUCUUCCAGUAGUUCUCUGGUGUCCCUCAUGGGUUCUGCAUCUAAUUGUGUGAUUUUAUUUAACUCCCUAUAGUCACAACAUAUACGGCACUGGCCAUUUUUCUUUUUUACUACUACCAUGGGUGAUGCUAUUGGUGAAUCUGAUCUUUUAAUCUUGUUGGUCUGUAUUAAAUGAUUUAGUUCUUUCUUUACUUCUUCCCUAAAUGCAUAUGGAAUUGGAUAGAUUUUGUGUUUGAAUGUGGGUUCCUGUGUUAAUAUUAUCUUGUGUUCUAAACUGCUAGUGUGUCCUAUGUUCUCUGUGAUGACAUCUUUGUAUUCUUUUAGAAUUGUUGUUAAGUGUCUGUUUGUUGUGGUGUUAUUUUCAUUGUCUUCUAAUUGUAUAACACUAGCAACGGUGGCUGUGCUACUUAUUUCAUUACUGAUGGUUUCUAACUCUUCAGGAACAGAGUCAUAUUUUCUGAGCAAGUCCACAUGUAGGACUUUCAAUUCACCCUUCAUGUGAAUUACAUAAUCAACUAAAUUUAACUUGUCAUGAAUUGUAAACGGACCCUGCCAAAUCUUUUGUCCAUUAUUGUUUGGCAACCAUACCAAAACUUUAUCAUGUACUUUAAGAUCUCUGAGGUAUCUAUGUGUAUUCUUUAUAUGUCUUUGUCUUUUAGACUCCCUAUCAGUGUUUUCUUUAGCAUUUUCUAUGCCAUAUGUAAUCCUCUCUCUAAUUUUUGUAAUUAUGUCAAAUGUGUCUUGUUGUGUGCCUUUCUGGCCUAAAAUAUUUUCUUUAAAAAGAGUUAACGGUCCCUUUGGAUUGGCCCCAAACAUUAGCUCAAAUGGAGAGUACCCAGUGGUGUCUUGUAUACUCUCUCUAUAGGCGAAUAAAACCAUGGGUAUAUAUAGGUGCCAUUCUCUAGGGUGGUCUAUUGUUGUUUUAUUUAACAUUGUUUUUAGUGUUUUGUUCCAUCGUUCUACCAUACCAUUAGCCUGUGGUCUAUAUAUUGUGGAAUGUACUUGUAUUAUACCUAGCAUUUUUGUAACUGCAUUGGUUAAGUUGGAAGUAAACUGUGUUCCAUUAUCUGACAAUAUUUUAUCAGGGAACCCAUGUCUUGUAAAUACAUCUAAUAAUGCCAUGCAAAUUGUUUCUGAAUUAAUGUUUUUGAGGGGAAUUGCCUCUGGCCAUCUAGAUGCCAUAUCAAUCAUGGUUAAAAUAAAUUUGUGUCCCUUAUUUGAUGGUGGAUUAAGAGGACCAAUGAUAUCUAUAGCUACCUUCUCAAAGUUUCUACCUAUUUUGUCUGUGGGUUGUAUGGGUGCUCUGUGUUUACUGUGUAUUGGGUUUUUUGUCAGACAUGGUAUGCAUUUGUUUAUGUGUUUCUUUAUGUCCUUGUGUAUGCCUGGCCAAUAAAAAUUCUGUGUGACCCUUUCUAAUGUUUUUUUUAUACCCAUGUGUCCAGCCAAAGGACUGUCAUGUGCAUGGUUGAGUAUUUUGUUUCUGAGUAUUAAUGGUACUAUUAUUUGAGAUUUUUUGAUUUCACCUUUCUCAAAAUUUCUGAUUAGAAUAUUAUGUUUUAUUGUGUAAUUAUGUCCUCUAUAAAUUGUGUUAUUGUCCUUAAUUUUGUUUCUAAUGUCCUGAAUUUGCCUAUCUUCUGUCUGCAUUCUAAUUAUGUCCUCUCUAGAUAUUUGUUUUGGAAUGUCUAAUUUUUCUUCUAUUUCAGGCUGUGUCUGACUAGUUUUAUGUUGUUGUCUUGUUAUUGCACUUAUAUACUCUUUGGUUAAAUUUUUUGAUUCAAUCCAAUUUAAGAAUAGUUCUUGGGAAUUAUCUGGAAUUUCUUUAAUAUUUCCAAUUAUUAACUGACAUACUGGGUUGUCCAUAAGUACUGCCGUUACCUUUCCUGUCAACCAUGGACAGUCUAUGUCCACUACUGCUUUAUAACAUUCAACUUUUGUGUUAUUUGCUAACAUGACUGUGGUUUUUUCAGAUAUAUGGUCUUUAGGGUCAAUCAAUUUUUUGUCAACUACUAUUGUUGUACAACCUGUGUCUCUUAGACACUGAACAAGUUGGUUGUUUACAUAAGAAGGAAAAAAUUGUAAACUUCCUUCACUGUGACAUGCGCUAGCUAAAGUUUCAUGUGGUUUGGUGUUUUGUCUACUGUUAGUCUGAUUGGAAUUAUAUCUUUGAUUUUUAUAUGGUUGUCUACUCCUAUUUGCACUGUUGUAUCUAAUUGGACUACUGUUGGGUGAUGUUCUCUGAUAGUAUUGUUGUGAAUGUCCUAAAUCUCUAUGUAAUUUCCUACACUCAUAUUUUUUGUGACCUGGAAUGCCACAGUAGAAACAUUUGUUGUUGUUUGAAUAAUUAGUAUAUGGUGUCUGGUAAUUGUUUUGAUGACUUUUCUGAAAUUUAUUGUUUUGCCAUCUGGCAGGUAGGCUGUGGUAUCUUCUGUUUUGAUAUGUGUUUUGUUUUUGACUGUCCCUAUCACUGGGUGUGUUUCUAAUAGAGGCUAGUGUGCUGUUUCUAUUGUCUAGCUCUUCAUUGGGGUGAGCAUCUUUAAAUGUUGUGAUUGAGUCAACUAACUCACGCUCAUUUUUAAUCUUUCUCUCUUUAAGGAAUGAAAAUAAAGAGACUGAUGCAUUUCUUAAUAUUUUGUCUAUGAUAAACAUAUCCAGUAAUGCUUUUGGAUCAUUUAGGUCAAUUUCAGUUAAUUCAAGCCAUUUGACAAGAUUGUCUCUAAUAUUGAAUAUGGUGGUGUUAGGAUCUACUUCUCUCUCUAGUCUUAUGUUAUGGAAAUUUUUUCUAUAAAUGUCUUCUGUGUUUCCAUAGAACUUUAACAAAACUUUCUUUAUAUAUGUAUAAUUAUUCUUUUGUUCUUCACUAAGUGAAUUGAUAAUGCUUAGGCUUUUCCCUGAUAAUCUGCUCAAUAAAAUAUUAGCCCAAGUCUCUUCUCUAUAAUUGUAAGACUGACAUAUGCCUUCAAAUUGUGACAGAUAACUAAUAAUUUCUUCUUUAUGUUCAUUAAAUUCUCUAAAUUUAGGUUUGUAUGCACUGUUGGUUUCCCUAUUGCUUGUUGAUGUAGUAUGCUGUCCUGAUUCUAUCCUAGCUCUUUCUAGUUUUAGCUCUUCCUCUCUUAUUUUCAUAUCUUGUUCCCUUAAUUUAAGUUCUUCUAUUUCCUUUUGUCCUUUUAAUUUUAGUUCUUCUAUUUGUUUAAGGUCGCUUCUCUCUAACAGUCUAGCUUCUCGGUCUUUGUCUUUGUCUUGUCGGUCUUUGUCUUCUUUCUGUCUUUGACUAUCUCUCUCCUUGUCUCUUUCCUGUUUGUUCCGUAUUUUGUCCAUCUCCCUAGUUACGAAGUCAGUUAAAUUCUCCUGCUUCAAACCAAGCUUCUCACCUACUUCUAAUAAUUCCAAGUACUCUGCCAUUUUUUAUGUGUAAUGUGAGUAACUAAAAUUAUAUUGUUAUGUAUCAGUAUAUCAGUUAUCUCCUUAUUCUUUGGUUAUCAAUUAGAAUAGUUUACGAUAUUUCAUAUAUCUACAUGUUAAUGAAUGUAUACACAAAUGCAAGUUGAAACAUGAAUUAUAAGUUAUAAAUAAGUGUAAGAAAAAUUUAAAAUAAUUAAAUUGUCUACUUCACAACAUAAAUACAGAUAUGUAGACGUUUACAUGUAUACAAAUGGGACAACAAAUACGAAAGUACUGUUUAGUUUAUGGACCACAAGAUAGUAGAAAAUAUGACAGUAGGUUGACAAUAUGUAUAACAAUGACAAGACAAAUAGCACAAAUAUGACAAGAUCUACUAAAAAACAACAGUUAUGACAAUGUACAAACUAGACUUCACCGCUAACAUAAAAUUAUCCUACAGUGUUAUAAAUAGGGCCAGAAGAAACCUUUACCGUUUUAAUAAAAAAACUUCCCUAGGAAAGAUAACACCGUGGAUGUCCCUACAGUAUCCUCUAAAAUUAAACUUAUAUUAUACAGAAAAAGUAAAAAUUUACUUAAUCUAAUUAAGUAUGAUAUAAGUAGAUUUUUAAAGUCUUAACUUAUAUAUAAUAUAUAACACAUAAAUACAUAAAUACCAAGUGUUUAAAAGAAAUCCGUAGUUGGUCACCUCUGCUCCUCUGUGACGCUAUGAUUUCUGUGUAAUCGAUAAUCCUCUGUAGUAGAUGCUCCUUCUAGGUAGUUGUCUAGCUCUUCAUUGGGGUGAGCAUCUUUAAAUGUUGUGAUUGAGUCAACUAACUCACGCUCAUUUUUAAUCUUUCUCUCUUUAAGGAAUGAAAAUAAAGUGACUGAUGCAUUUCUUAAUAUUUUGUCUAUGAUAAACAUAUCCAGUAAUGCUUUUGGAUCAUUUAGGUCAAUUUCAGUUAAUUCAAGCCAUUUGACAAGAUUGUCUCUAAUAUUGAAUAUGGUGGUGUUAGGAUCUACUUCUCUCUCUAGUCUUAUGUUAUGGAAAUUUUUUCUAUAAAUGUCUUCCGUGUUUCCAUAGAACUUUAACAAAACUUUCUUUAUAUAGGUAUAAUUAUUCUUUUGUUCUUCACUAAGUGAAUUAAUAAUGCUUAGGCUUUUCCCUGAUAGUCUGCUCAAUAAAAUAUUAGCCCAAGUCUCUUCUCUAUAAUUAUAAGACUGACAUAUGCCUUCAAAUUGUGACAGAUAACUGAUAAUUUCUUCUUUAUGUUCAUUAAAUUCUCUAAAUUUAGGUUUGUAUGCACUGUUGGUUUCCCUAUUGCUUGUUGAUGUAGUAUGCUGUCCUGAUUCUAUCCUAGCUCUUUCUAGUUUUAGCUCUUCCUCUCUUAUUUUCAUAUCUUGUUCCCUUAAUUUAAGUUCUUCUAUUUCCUUUUGUCCUUUUAAAUUUAGUUCAUCAAUUUCUUUUUGUCCUUUUAAUUUCAUUUCCUGUUCUUUUAAUUUCAUAUCCUCUAUUUCCUUUUGUCCUUUUAAUUUUAAUUCUUCUAUUUGUUUAAGGUCGCUUCUCUCUAACAGUCUAGCUUCUCGGUCUUUGUCUUUGUCUUGUCGGUCUCGUAUUUUGUCCAUUUCUCGAGUUACGAAGUCAGUUAAUUUCUCCUGCUUCAAACCAAGCUUCUCACCUACUUCUAAUAAUUCCAAGUACUCUGCCAUUUUUUAUGUGUAAUGUGAGUAACUAAAAUUAUAUUGUUAUGUAUCAGUAUAUCAGUUAUCUCCUUAUUCUUUGGUUAUCAAUUAAAAUAGUUUACGAUAUUUCAUAUAUCUACAUGUUAAUGAAUGUAUACACAAAUGCAAGUUGAUACAUGAAUUAUAAGUUAUAAAUAAGUGUAAGAAAAAUUUAAAAUAAUUAAAUUGUCUACUUCACAACAUAAAUACAGAUAUGUAGACGUUUACAUGAAUACAAAUGAGACAACAAAUACAAAAGUACUGUGUAGUUUAUGGACCACAAGAUAGUAGAAAAUAUGACAGUAGGUUGACAAUAUGUAUAACAAUGACAAGACAAAUAGCACAAAUAUGACACGAUCUACUAAAAAACAACAGUUAUGACAAUGUACAAACUAGACUUCACAGCUAACACAAAAUUAUCCUACAGUGUUAUAAAUAGGGCCAGAAGAAACCUUUACCGUUUUAAUAAAAAAACUUCCCUAGGAAAGAUAACACCGUGGAUGUCCCUACAGUAUACUCUAAAAUUAAACUUAUAUUACACAGAAAAAGUUAAAAAUUUACUUAAUCUAAUUAAGUAUGAUAUAAGUAGAUUUUUAAAGUCUUAAAUUAUAUAUAAUACAUAACACAUAAAUACAUAAAUACCAAGUGUUUAAAAGAAAUCCGUAGUUGGUCACCUCUGCUCCUCUGUGACGCUAUGAUUUCUGUGUAAUCGAUAAUCCUAUGUAGUAGAUGCUCCUUCUAGGUAGUAGAUAAUCCUAUGUGGUAGUGUACUUGGGUAAAAUAAUCCAAUGAGAAAAGUUACACCACAAAUUGCUGCAAUACUCCAAUGUAAGUACCUUGCGUAAUAGUGUAAUUGUGAUAAUCCAAUAAUUGAAAAUUGUCUAAUUUCUCUCCGGUUCUGUUGCACUUGUGAGUAAUUGAAGAAUUACUUGAAGAAUUACUUGACUUGAACUGUGCGGCUUGUAUAAAGUAAAGAUUAUGCUGGGGAAAUCUUACUUCCGCUGUCUUGAUAAAACAUCUCAUCUGUAAUGACAUCAGACUUCUUUUGGUUUUGUGUGGAUCAUCUCUUUCGUUGACUAAUAACUGUAAAAUAGAUUUCUUGCUGUUUCUUCCACGAGAAUAUUCACUCCACUGUUAUAUAAUUGAAACAGUGUACCAGUUAGCUGUUUGAACUCUCAACUUUUGACUCCCGUGACUGACCUAAAUUCAAUCGUUGUCAGCUUGCUCUGUGUGUCGUGGACUCUUCUCAGACUUGACAAAUACUCGGGCGUAAUGACGUUCGAUUCGAAUGUUAAAAUAUAUCAUUGUUACUCAAUGUUCUGUAAUACAUCGUUGUUCUGACACUUCUGACAAUAUUUGUAACGCAUCGUCGUUACACCGCUUCUGACACCAUUUGUAACACACUUCUACUCUGACAUGGCGUGGGAUGUUAUUUCUUAUGCUGUGGGUUAUGUCAGUAGUAUGGUUACUUAUAUUAACGCUUCAGGAUGCCGACUCAGUCUUCUUCAUUCUUUCACUUAUUAUUCAGGCACGUAAAGAAGAAUACUCAAUUCUAGUUAAAACUCACAGUACUUUAUUGAACACACUUUAUAUUGAUAAUAUUAAUAAAUAAUCCUUGCAUGAAUGUAAUUUCACAUAUAUAUCUAUAGUAUUCCAUCAUUAAGAAAGACACGUCCUCAGACUACUAUAACUCAGCUCAACUGUCUAAUCUCACAGCUCUCACGCUACUGACUGACUCUACUGCUCUGCGCUCAGCUCUCUACUAUCUCAGUCAACUCAUACUUUAUUACCAGCAAAGCGUGCAAAACAACCGCUCUGACAAAAACAUAAUUUUACUCUCCAAAAACGUGGAGUUCACAUUUGUUCUCAAAAAUACAAUCCACAUUGAUUGUCUCUCCCCGUGGAAAAACCUGGUGAACACACUCACUGUCCACUCAUGCUACCUCUCUGUUUACAUGUGAAAACAUAGUCCGUUACAAUGUCGAAAACGAUAUGUCCCUUGAUAUCAAAAACUAUAUGUUCAUUGACUGAAAAAAUAUUCUUCAUAUAAUUAUUAAGACUUUCAUAGAUAAAUUAGCAUAAAUUAUAGAUGUAAUAACUAAGAAUCGAUUUUUUAAGGUAAAGAUCCAAUCUUACUUUUCAGACGGGCCUUACUGUCUAUGGUUUGAGGAGAUAUUCUUGGACGCUACUGUUACCAUCAUACACAAAUGUUUGCAGUUUUGGAAAAAGGCAAGACUUUCUAAGUCAUCUCUUGUUUUUCUAUUUUAAUUCUUUUGUCUUUCUGUCUAAAUCACUUGUCUUUCUAUGUCCCUCUCUUGACUUUCUUUGACCCUCUCUUGUCUUUCUUUGACCCUCUCUUGUCUUUCUUUGACCCUCUCUUGUCUUUCUAUGUCCCUCUCUUGUCUUUCUAUGUCCCUCUCUUGUCUUUAAAUGCAACUCUCUUGCCUUUCAUUGUAAUUCUUUUAUCUUUCAUUGUAAUUCUCUUGCCUUUCAAUGUAACUCUUUUAUCUUUCAUUGUAAUUCUCUCGCGUUUUAACGUAAUUCUUUUAUCUUUUAUUGUAAUUCUCUUACCUUUCAAUGUAAUUCUUUUAUCUUUCAUUGUAAUUCUCUUGUCUUUCAAUGUAAUUCUCUCGUCUUUCAAUGUAAUUCUCUCGUCUUUCAAUGUAAUUCUCUUGUCUUUCAAUGUAAUUCUUUUAUCUUUCAUUGUAUUGCUCUUGUCUUUCAAUGUAAUUCUUUUGUCUUUCAAUGUAAUUCUCUUGUCUUUCAACGUAAUUCUCUUGUCUUUCAAUGUAAUUUUCUUGUCUUUUAAUGCAACUUUCUUGUCUGUCAAUGUGACACUCUUGUCUUGUUCUCUCUGCUUGUUCAAGCAGUUUCAAUUUUAGCACAGGAACGCUCCAUUACUUUUGCUUAGCGCUUAACACCUGAAGUCCUGUUUUGUAGUUUCUCUUGACAUAUUCACGAAACUUGAAUUUAAAGAUAAUAUCGGGUAUCUAUGGAUAAUAAUAAAUAAUAGACAAAAUAUUAUUUUCAACAUGUGGAUGUCGUUUUUGACGUUUCCAUUGGUGAUUUUAAAUGUCAUUACUGCUAAACUACUGCUAAACUACUGCUAAACUACUGCUAAACUGCUGCUAAACUAAUGCUAAACUUCUUCUAAACUACUGAUUUACUACUGCUAUUAUACUGCUUUAUUUAUUUAUUACUGCUAAAUUCUUGCUAAACUAGGAACUUGGGCAAACUUUUCAAAAUAAAGCUAUAGCUUUUAUAGCAAGUUGUUUAGAUAGGAUUAGGGUUAGGGCCUGAAAAAAUGCAAUUCGUUGAUACCUAAUAUAUGUUUGUAGGUUAAUUCUAAAAAAAAAGUUAUGAUACAGAGAUCAUAUAAUAAAUUCUGCGAUAUUCAAGAACGAACUCCUUCAUAUCCAAAAUAUCACUCAAACUUCCAUAUGCACAAAGAGUAUCAACAGGUAGAUCGCUAUGACUAUUGUAUUGAUAUUGCAUUAUGAAUGCUAUAACUAUUACAUUACUAUUACAUUAUGGAUAGCUAUAACUAUUGCAUUACCAUUACCUUAUGGAUCACUUUAACUAUUACAUUACUAUUGCAUUAUGAAAAGCUAUAACUAUUGCACUACCAUUUCCUUAUGGAUCACUUUAACUAUUACAUAACUAUUGCAUUACCAUUGCCUUAUGGAUCACUUUAACUAUUACAUUACUAUUGCAUUACCAUUACCUUAUGGAUCACUUCAACUAUUACAUAACUAUUGCGUUACCAUUUCCUUAUGGAUCACUUUAACUAUUACAUUACUAUUGCAUUACAUUACCUUAUGGAUCACUUUAACUAUUACAUUACUAUGCAUUACUAUUACCUUAUGGAUCACUUUAACUAUUACAUUACUAUUACAUUACCAUUACCUUAUGGAUCACUUUAACUAUUACAUUACUAUUAUAUUACCAUUACCGUAUGGAUCACUUUAACCUUUACAUUACUAUUACAUUACUAUUACCUUAUGGAUCACAUUAACAAUAAUAAUUACAUUACUAUUCAAAGCGAUUCGUUUAAGUUUUAUUUUAAUAUUAGUUUAAUAUUUUUUUGGUUUUACCGGUUUUCAAAAUAUGUUUAUGAUUUAGAUUUAAUUCUUGAUUUCAAAAUAUGUUUAUGAUUUAAUUCUUGAUUUCAAAAUAUCAAACUAUUUCUAGAAGACAGAAAAUCGUUAUAAACGUUUUAAAAUUUAAAAAAAAAAAAUCAAUCUUUUUUAAAAGUUGUUUUGAAACGAGAGAUGAGGAAAUCUUUAAUUUGGUCUUGUCUAUUUUCUUUGAUGAGGAAAUCUUUGAUUUGGUCUUGUCUAUUUUCUUUGAUGAGGAAAUCUUUGAUUUGGUCUUGUCUAUUUUCUUAGAUGAGGAAAUCUUUGAUUUGGUCUUGUCUAUUUUCUUUGAUGAGGAAAUCUUUGAUUUGGUCUUGUCUAUUUUCUUAGAUGAGGAAAUCUUUGAUUUGGUCUUGUCUAUUUUCUUAGAUGAGGAAAUCUUUGAUUUGGUCUUGUCUAUUUUCUUAGAUAAGGAAAUCUUUGAUUUGGUCUUGUCUAUUUUCUUUGACCAUAUUAUGCGGAAUGGCAGCGUAUCGCUUGCGGAACGGCUACCUAUCGCCCAUGGACAGGCAUCGAAUUGCUCGCGGACCGGUGUGAGUACCACCACUUCGGGUAACACAGUUAUAGAGAAGUGUUGUGCUGUCAAACUAGCGUCAUACCCUUCCCUAGUGCUCUAUUUUACUAUAUAAGAGUCUAAAUUCUAGAUCCUAACUUUUUUAGAAUUUAAAUAAUUCAUAUUUCUAAAUAUUAAUAGGACAAAACUUCCGUUUUUUUUCAUUAAGAAAAUCGUUGUUUUUUUUUCUUUCUUGAUCACUUCAUUGACUGCUUUGGAAAAGAUUUAAUUUCUUUUUCUUACAACUAGCUUAUAACUAAUUUGAAUUUUUUUUACAAAUAAAUAAAAGCAAUUAGUGGCGAUGGAAACAUGAAACAUUAUCAUUGAUGAACUACGCCUGUAAGUUAUUACUGCCAAAUGUAUGAACAAAUUUAAACUGGUUUACAUAUAUUUACACGGGUUUACACUGAUUUACACGGAUUUACACUGAUUUACAUAGUUUUACACAGGUUUCAACGCAUGAUCAUGCGAUAAUGUUCAACAAUAAACUAUUUGCUUCUGCUGAUAAAAAUUUGAAAGAAAAUCUCUAAGAUUUUUUUAACUCUAAGAUUUGUUUAACUCUAAGAUUUGUUUAACUCUAAUAUUUGUUUGAUUUUCAGAUUGAACCAUGUUGGGGUAUAUUUGAAGGUCGGAAUAAUGAAGGAAAGGUCAUAUGCGUUGAUCUCUGUAAUGACGCGCCUGGGACCUUUGAAUCAUCAAUCUCCUUGCAGACAUUUUUUCUCAAGUAUACCACACCCGUCGUCAGAUGCGACGAGGACUUUGCGAAUUUCAUUUCAAAGGUUAAAUCAUGCCUUGACGAAAAACUCCCCAAACCUGAACUCCCAGCACCGAUAACUCGUGUACACUCUAGUCAAGAUUCUGCCACGCCCACUUGGUUAGAACAGAAAGAGCAAAGCUACUACAACUUUGCCUCCAAGGACGACACUGAUGUCAUUAGGAUAUUUGAAGAUUGCCCUUGUAAGAACGAAUCUAUGUAUUCAGAUGGAGAGAUCGAUCAACCCUUAAGGUGCUUCCCAGAUAUUUUUGGGGCACUGAACACCUCAGAUCUGCUGGUCAGCAAUAACUGUUUUGGUGUCUCUACCGGACACGCGUGCUUCAAAUGUUGAGUAUAUAAAUUCAUUAUAUAGUUCCGAACUCAUUUAUUAUAUAGUCCCUAGCUCUAACUCAUUCAUUAUAUAGUCCCAAACCCUAACUGAAUUAUUAUAUUAUAGUCCCUAACCCUAACUCAUUCAUUAUAUAGUACCUAACCCUAACUCAUUCAUAAUAUAGUCCCUAGCCCUGUCUCAUUCAUUAUAUAGUAUCUAACCCUAAAUAAUUCAUUAUAUAGUUCCUAACCCUAACUCAUUCAUAAUAUAGUCCCUAGCCCUAACUCAUUCAUUAAAUAGUACCUAACCCUAACCCAUUCAUUAUAUAGUACCUAACCCUAACGCAUUCAUAAUAUAGUCCCUAGCCCUAACUCAUUCAUUAUAUAGUCCCUAACUCAUUUAUUAUAUAGUCUCUUGCCCUAACGCAUUCAUAAUAUAGUCUCUAGCUCUAACUCAUUCAUUAUAUAGUCCCUAGCCCUAACUCAUUCAUUAUAUAGUCACUAACUCAUUUAUUAUAUAGUCUCUAGCCCGAACUCAUUCAUAAUAUAGUCUCUAGCUCUAACUCAUUCAUUAUAUAGUCCCUAGCCCUAACUCAUUCAUUAUAUAGUCCCUAGCCCUAACUCAUUUAUUAUAUAGUCCCUAACUCUUUUAUUAUAUAGUCUCUUGCCCUAACUCAUUCAUCAUAUAGUCCCUAGCCCUAACUCAUUCAUUAUAUAGUCCCUAGCCCUAACUCAUUUAUUAUAUAGUCCCUAACUCAUUUAUUAUAUAGUCCCUUGCCCUAACUCAUUCAUUAUAUAGUCCCUAACUCAUUUAUUAUAUAGUCUCUAGCCCUAACUCAUUCAUUAUAUAGUCCCUAACUCAUUCAUUAUAUAGUCUCUAGCCCUAACUCAUUCAUUAUAUAGUCCCUAGCCCUAACUCAUUUAUUAUAUAGUCCCUAACUCAUUCAUUAUAUAGUCCCUAACCCUAACUCAUUAAUUCUAUUAUAUGGUCCAAAAAAUGUGUUUAUAUUUGAACCGUUAAUUUGAGCGUGCUAUAAGAAAAUUUAUUAAAUCUCUGAAAUCAUCUAAUUUAAUGUACUCUUUAAAUUAUUGGGUAGCCAAUUAGCUGACAUCACUAUCAAUGGAAUUAUAGCGCGCAGAUAUUUUGAUAUGAGUCAAGGUUUGUUUGUAGCCUUUUCUUGGUAAGAAAAGUUAGUGAUUAGUGUUUAAUACCUUCAAAUUAUAGAUAACAAAUAAAAAUUAAAACUUGAGAUUGCUGUCAAUUUAAUUCAAGAUAUAAAACGUGUAAUGAUAAAUAAUGGACAAAAGAUUAUUUUUUAACAUUUUAAUGUAAAUGUUUCUUUUGACUUGUCCAUCAGUUAGUAGCGAUGUCAGUACUGCUAUACAGAUACAAAGAUACAUCAACAGCUUUAAACACAAUGAAGAGACAUUUGUCACCAAUUGUAUUCAUUGUUUACAAAAGGUAAUGAUGAACAUGUCUAUUUACGUUUAUUUUCAAGACAUCAUAAAUAAAAUCAUUACAUUACUGAUUCGCAACGCUCUUAAUAUACGUGUGACUGUUGCAAAGAACUGUUGAGACGGGUUAGGGUUCAAGCAGAUGCUAUUUUUAUUGGAACGUUCACAAUAAUACUAAUAUCCAAAAGAAAAACAAAUAUUUGAUCGAACAGAAAUAAGACAGACUUUGAAGCACUUCAUGCAAAAAAAAAUUCCUUAAAUAUAUUCAUAACAACUCCUUUCACUUUCAAAUUUUAUGUAAAACAUCUUGAUCUACAAAUACAUUUUUUUUUCAUGGCCGUUAAAUUCUCUAACGUCUUAAUUGCCACGUGACCCCAAUUAAAUCCUUUCAUUGGCCAGUCUUUCUAAGUCUAAGUAAUAAGGGGAGAGACUGCAAUCCGAUAAGCAAAAAUGAAAUUAGUAAAAUAAAGUAUAGUCAAACCUCAGAAAAAUAACGCAAUAAAACAACGAACGUGUUGGCAUGAAGCCUUCUUCAGCGAAAAAAAAACUUUAAACAAAUUUAAAUAACAAAAUAGUAAAAAAGCACAUAGCUGAGAAGUAAUAUCAAAUAUGGCUGCAAAGGAAUUGUGACAGAAAAUAAGUAGGCGAUGGAUUAAUUACAGGAAAAAGAGGGAAAGAAAAAAGGAGAAGUAAUCUACUACGAUUGGUCGCUACGUGGAGGGGCGGUGCGAAGGCUUAACAUGUGAAUGAAAAUAUGACGUUCAUGUCAUGUGGAUUCAAGGUUCCACCCAUAGACCUGGAUAUGCUUGUUUUGCAAAUUCAACCGACGGGGUGUGUUUGUGCUGGUCAUGAUCGCACUAAUUGUGAAAUCCGCCGUGCCCUUGUGGUCGCUUCUAUUGAAGUGUUUAGAGACGCGACACCGUUUAUCUUGCGUAAUGUUGUGGAGGUGUACUGAACUUAAAAUUAUUCUCAUGUGUAUUUAAAUAAUAUUUAAGUCUAAAAUGGUUUAUUUUAUGGUCCUAGGUUCUACCAGCUCUCUAUGCCCACCGCAGUUACUUGGGGUUGCUCAUAGUUGCUGUUUGUGAUCUGUCAAUGCUACAAGACAGAGCUCUCUCUCUUCUAGAAGUACUAAUGUUUAUGUGCCCAAUAAAACACUCCAGUCUAAUGGUAAUGAAUAAUUUUAAAAAUUUAAUGUAGGCUAGUCUCUGUUGUUUCUAAAAUUAACUUAUCAAUUAUGGUAUAGACCAAAUUACACUUCUGCUUUAACUUAUCAAUUUUUGUAUUUCUUAGCAUUAACUAACUUUUAAUAGUAGAACCAUGAAUAAGGUAAGCAGCAAAAAAGUAUGGGGAAUGGGUUAUGGCUUAUUGAUCCAUCAUUGCCUACAAGUGGCAUUCAUUUUUGAAAACUGCUCCCUAGCAUCAUUGAUGUAGGUUUCCAAAUUUCAAAACCUGGCUACAACCUUGGUGUAAGUCAAUGCCUGAUUGUGUGCACUACUGUGUUGAACUUUUGAAUGUAACUUUGUUAUCUCUUAAAGUAUAUAAUAUACAUAUAUUAUUGUAGUUUAUAUAUUGUAUAAAAAUCAAGUCAUGCGUAUUUUAUUUUGGUUGGGGAGUGCAACUACAUAAAAUAAUUUUGUGUAUACUUCUAGUAAUUACUCUUUAAGUUUAUAAUAUUAAUGGCAUCAUAUUUGAGUGUUAAUUUAAUUCAAUGUGUUCUCCAAUAGUCUAUGCAUGACAGUGAUACAUAGAAACAUUGUUAAACAUUUGUUAACAUCAAAUCAAAUAAUAGAAACUUUGUUAAACAUUUGCAAUCUUUCUAAGAGAUCAUUGAUGAUUUAAUAAAGACUUUCAUUUAGUUAACACAGACCACUGAUAAUCAUACUCUUCUUAUUGUCUGGUUAUGUAAAAGUAUUCUCGCGUCACCUUUGUGAGUCAGGUAAAAACUACUUGUAUGCUGCCAAGUCAUCUUUGUCAUUCAGGUAGAAAAUACCUUUAUACUAUCAAGUCACUUUUGUAAGUCAGGUAGAAACUACCUUUGGACUGGCAAGUCACCUUUGUCAAUCAGGUAGAAAAUACCUGUAUGCUGUCAAGUCACUUUUGUCGGUCAGGUAGAAACUACCUGUAUACUGUCAAGUCACCUUUGUCAGUCAGGUAGAAACUGCCUGUAUAUAACAUAGAUGCCAUUAUUGACAUAAGUUAAAUUUGAAACAUAGAUUUUGUUGUUUUUUUUAUGCCAAGUGUAUUGGUUAGAACCGGUCUCACCCUAACCCUAACCCUAACCCUAUCCCUAACCCUAACCCUAACCCGGUCUGCACAACUUUAAAUGUAUUGGUUAGAACCGGUCUAACCCUAACCCUAACCCUAACCCUAACCUGGUCUGCACUACUUUAAAUGUAUUGGUUAGAACCGGUCUGCACAACUUUAAAUGUAAGGCGGGCGGUAAUCCUAACCCUAACCCUAACACUGUCUGCACAACUUUAAAUGUAAGGCGGGCGGUAACCCUAACACGGUCUGCACAACUUUAUAUGUAAGGCGGGCGGUAAUCCUAACCCUAACAAGGUCUGCACAACUUUAAAUGUAAAGCGGGCGGUAAUCCUAACCCUAACACGGUCUGCACAACUUUAAAUGUAAGGCGGGCGGUAAUCCUAACCCUAACCCUAACACGGUCUGCACAACUUUAAAUGUAAGGCGGGCGGUAAUUCUAACCCUAACACGGUCUGCACAACUUUAAAUGUAAGGCGGGCGGUAAUCCUAACCCUAACACUGUCUGCACAACUUUAAAAGUAAGGCGGGCGGUAACCCAAACCCGGUCUGCACAACUUUAAAUGUAAGAUGGGUGGUAACACUAACACGGUCUGCACAACUUUAAAUGUAAGAUGGGCGGUAACACUAACCCUAACACUGUCUGCACAACUUUAAAUGUAAGGUGGGCGGUAACCCUAACCCUAACACUGUCUGCACAACUUUAAAUGUAAGGCGGGCGGUAAUCAUAACACGGUCUGCACAACUUUAAAUGUAAGAUGGGCGGUAACACUAACCCUAACACUGUCUGCACAACUUUAAAUGUAAGGCGGGCGGUAAUCCUAACCCUAACACUGUCUGCACAACUUUAAAUGUAAGAUGGGCGGUAAUCCUAACCCUAACACUGUCUGCACAACUUUAAAUGUAAGGCGGGCGGUAAUCCUAACCCUAACACAGUCUGCACAACUUUAAAUGUAAGAUGGGCGGUAAUCCUAACCCUAACACUGUCUGCACAACUUUAAAUGUAAGGCGGGCGGUAAUCCUAACCCUAACACUGUCUGCACAACUUUAAAUGUAAGGCGGGCGGUAAUCCUAACCCUAACACUGUCUGCACAACUUUAAAUGUAAUGCGGGCGGUAAUCCUAACCCUAACACUGUCUGCACAACUUUAAAUGUAAGGCAGGCGGUAAUCCUAACCCUAACACUGUCUGCACAUCUUUAAAUGUAAGGCGGGCGAUAAUCCUAACCCGGUCUGCACAACUUUAAAUGUAAGGCGGGCGGUAAUCAUAACCCUAACACGGUCUGCACAACUUUAAAUGUAAGGCGGGCAGUAAUCCUAACCCUAACCCGAUCUGCACAACUUUAAAUGUAAGGCGGGCGGUAAUCCUAACCCUAACACUGUCUGCACAACUUUAAAUGUAAGGCGGGCGGUAAUCCUAACCCUAACACUAGCUGCACAACUUUAAAUGUAAGGCGGGCAGUAACCCUAACCCGGUCUGCACAACUUUAAAUGUAAGAUGGUUGGUAACCCUAACCCUUACAUGGUCUGCACAACUUUAAAUAUAAGAUGGGUGGUAACCCUAACCCUUACAUUGUCUGCACAACUCUAAAUGUAAGGUGGGUGGUAACCCUAACCCGGUCUGCACAACUUUAAAUGUAAGGCAGGCGGGCGAUAACCCUAACCCUAACCCGGUCUGCAUAACUCUAAAUGUAAGGUGGACGGUAACCCUAACCCUAAAACGGUGUUCACAACUCUAAAUAUAAGGUGGGCGGUAACCCUAACCCGGUCUGCACAACUCUGAAUGUAAGGUGGGCGGUAAUCCUAACCCUAACACGGUCUGCACAACUCUAAAUGUGAGGCCCGUAUGUUGUGCAGGCCUUGGUUAAAUGUUAAGGCUCCCCCCCCCCUUUUUGAUAAAAGGGGAGAGACAGCAAUCAGGUUAGCAAAAUAGAACAUGAGUAGAAUAAAGUAUGGUCAAACCUGCAAAAAUUAACCAAACAAAACAACGAACGUAUCGGCAAGAAGCCUUCGUCACACAAUUAUUUUGUUGCUCUCUCAGAUACUACUUCUCAGCUAAGUGUUAUUUUUUUUUUUUAUUCUAUUGUAUUGUUCGCUGAUAAAGGCUUCCUGCCAACUCGUUUGUUGUUUAGUUGCGUUCCUUUUUUCAGGUUUGACCAAAUUUUGCUCUUUAGGGUCCUACCAUGGUAUAUGUGAAAUGCUUUUGAGUAAUUGAGUGCUUUUACCAAGUAUAAUAAUACCUUUUAGGUAAAAAAAACCUCUUCGGCUUAAAUUUGAGAAGCCCGCGAUCAAUUAUUGGUUAAUAAUUCUGGCUCCUAUUUCAAAAUUAGAGUUUACCUUCUCUUAGUUGGGUCCAAGGCUAGCGGAUCCCAUCCACCUGGGGUGCUUGGGACUGGUGGGGAUUGAACGCAAGACCACCAGCUAAUUAGGAUUGGGACAGUUUAGACCGCUCGGCCACCCAGCACCCUCGUCAUUGCUCUUCAUAUAUGUCAAUAAAAAAAUUCUUUAUCAAACAUAAUGAAAGCCACAAUUUAAAAUAAAGUAAAUGAAUUUAUGUCAUAUAAAUGAGAGUCAUUAUCUCCACAGCACAACAUGAAAACAAUGCUGAAAGAGAAUUUACAAAAAAGGUAUAGCUUAAAUUGGUUUAACUAGUUUUGGUUCAGUAUUUGAGCUUUGUAGAAAAGGAUUAUUAAAUUUUUAAAAUUUAAAUUAAAAAACCAAUACCAUUAAGCACCUUCAGAAAUAAAGAAACGUCACCUCUUUUAUGAUAGUAAUUAUGAAUUAAUUAGAAAAUAUAUCAAUUUAUUUUGCUUUAUAUUAAUGAUUUAAUGAAAAUAAAUUUUAAAUAAUACCUUUUCAUACAUAUCUUAAGUUAUUUAAAUGCAAAAAUGAUUAAUCAAUCGAAAACAAUUAUCUUGUUAUUAUAAGUUAAUAUUGUUAAUAAAAUUGAAUGUCUUUAAGUGCUUAAAAUUGAUUCAAUCAUUAUUAAUUUUUAAUUGAAUUAAAAUAAUAGAGACUAGAUUAGCUAAUUUAUGUUACUGCUUUAAUUUAAAAUUAUUUUUCAUGUAUUUAUUUUAGGAACUCCAGUGUUAAACAAAAACAACAGCAGAUGAUAACAAGAAGACUGGCCAAUAUUUACAUGAUGAUCCAGUGUGAGAUGAUAACAUCCUGCCCAGGCCAGCAACCAGUCUCUUGUUGCCAUUUGAGAGAAGGGUAUGGGCCCGUAGGGACUGACAUCUGCCAAAUUAUCCACACAUAAUUAACUUUUUAAAACAAUUUUUUUAAUGAUUUUGUACAAUCCCGUCCAAACUUAUGAAUUACUUAAAAGAUAUGUUUGUUAUAAGUUCAGCAUCAUUAAACUUAUAACAGGAAUUUCUUCAAUAUCUCAAUAUAAUUAUUUAUAGAUUACUUUUGUCUUUCCAUAUUUAAAAGAAAAUUUAUAGAAACCUUUUUCCUUUUAAAAUACACAUAUCAAAAGAGUUUAAUGAUAUUUCUUUUUUUGAGAAGAAAAUUUAUAAAUUACAAUUAAUUCUUAAAAAAAUAAUUAAUUGAUGUGAUUAAAUGUUAUUUAAAACCACUGAUGAUCUAACCUUACAAACCUGUUCAAAGAUUUGUCUUAGAGAGUAGAACAUACAUUUCACACUUGCAGAACCGGAGCAAAUCAACCUGGGAUGAUAAGUGUGGCCCUAGUUAAGUUGAUUGACAAAAAACCUGGGAUGAUAAGUGUGGCCCUAGUUAAGUUGAUGGACAAAUAAUCCUGUGAUGAUAAGAGUGGUCCUAGUUAAGUUGAUGGACAAAUAAUCCUGUGAUGAUAAGAGUGGUCCUAGUUAAGUUGAUGGACAAAUAAUCAUGUGAUGAUAAGAGUGGUCCUAGUUAAGUUGAUGGACAAAUAAUCCUGUGAUGAUAAGUGUGGUCCUAGUUAAGUUGAUGGACAAAUAAUCCUGUGAUGAUAAGAGUGGUCCUAGUUAAGUUGAUGGACAAAUAAUCCUGUGAUGAUAAGAGUGGUCCUAGUUAAGUUGAUGGACAAAUAAUCCUGUGAUGAUAAGAGUGGUCCUAGUUAAGUUGAUGGACAAAUAAUCAUGUGAUGAUAAGAGUGGUCCUAGUUAAGUUAAUCCUGUGAUGAUAAGAGUGGUCCUAGUUAAGUUGAUGGACAAAUAAUCCUGUGAUGAUAAGAGUGGUCCUAGUUAAGUUGAUGGACAAAUAAUCAUGUGAUGAUAAGAGUGGUCCUAGUUAAGUUUAUGGACAAAUAAUUCUGGGAUGAUAAGAGUGGUCCUAGUUAAGUUUAUGGACAAAAUUAUCCUGGGAUGAUAAGAGUGGUCCUAGUUAAGUUGAUGGACAAAUAAUCAUGUGAUGAUAAGAGUGGUCCUAGAUAAGUUUAUGGACAAAUAAUUCUGGGAUGAUAAGAGUGGUCCUAGUUAAGUUUAUGGACAAAAUUAUCCUGGGAUGAUAAGAGUGUUCCUAGUUAGUUUGAUGGACAAAUAAUCCUGGGAGGAUAAGUGUGGUCCUAGUUAAGUUGAUGUAAAAAUAAUCAUGGGAUGAUAAGAGGGGUCCUAGUUAUUUUGAUGGACAAAUAAUCCUGGGAUGAUAAGUGUGGUCCUAGUUAAGUUGAUGGAUACAUAAUCCUGGGAUGAUAAGUGUGGUCCUAGUUAAGUUGAUGGAUAAGUAAUCAUGGGAUGAUAAGUGUGCUCCUAGUUAAGUUUAUGGAUAAGUAAUCCUGGGAUGAUAAGAGUGGCCAUAGUUAAGUUGAUGGACAAAUGAACAACAGAAAUAGAUGCGUUCUUUCGAUUACUGGAAUUUUUAUUUUCAUGAACAACGAUUUUUUAAUAAUGAGUGUACUGAAAUAGAAAUAAUUAUUACAUUGUCAAUUUUAUCAAGCUAGUUUUUAACAUUCUUCCUGUGUGUCAACUAUCUAUGCCAACUUUCUACAGGCAGUUGUCUUUGGAUCUGGGAAAUAUUUUUUGGUGUAACUUGGACACAUUCCAAAAGAGAGGAGAGAGAGAAAUGUGUCAGUGUGAUUGCGUCCAGCAGAUUUUGGCUGAUGUCAUAUCUGCACAUGAUGCCAUACCAAAAGUGAAUGAUAUUAUGAAAGAGAAGCUUUCAACUCAGCUGGCUGUUGUUUUUGGAUGUUUAAGAAAGGUAAGGGAAGGCUUAGGGCUAGGUUAGGGCGAAGUUUACGGUUUGGGUAAGGAUUAAGUUAGAUAUGUGCUUGUUUUAAACAAGUAUUUUGAAAUCAUCAAAAGUUAUUAAAAUCAAGAUUCAUCAAACCCAUGCCCAUAUAUUGGAGCCAUUAAAAAUUAAUUCUAUAAAAAAUUCAAUUUUAAUCCAUCGGCAUCAAGUGAUUGAAAAGAAUACAAAAAUAUAUGAACAUUUUGUGUCUUAAAAACCUUAGCAAUUCUUUAUUUAUCUAUUCAGAUUUUCUGUACAAAUGAUAAAGCCACAGUAACAUAUUUGAAAAAGUUUAUAAGUUUGAAGGCAGGAAAAAAAGAACUGCAUGUUAUGUGCACCACAAUGAUCCUGAACGGAUUCAUCCAUUUCCUUUCGCAUGGCUUGAGUAAGAUUUUUUUUAAACUUGGCAUUUUGACCCAAAACAAAUCAUUUUUUUAUUUAAAAAUAAGAGCCAAAGUAAGAACAUGUUUUAAAUGAAUAACUUUUAGAGAAACUCAAUUCUGAAUAAAUUUUAGAGAAACUCAACUUUGAAUAACAAUAGUAAGUGCUUACCAUGAGACAUUAAAAUUUCUAAAAUAAGCUGUUUUGUUUGUUUUUACUCUCUUUAUCAAGAAAACUCGAUGCAUAAGGACAUUAGAGAUUUGUGUUCUGAAGCCAUGUCUGUCAUUAAGAUUCUAUCCAAAAAAGACAUCCAAGAAGGGGUAAAGUAUACUUAUUAAACAUGUCUUAAAGCAGACUUAAUAAAAAUUACAGAUGGAUUUUGUAUAAAGCAAUUUUUAAUAAUAUUUAAAUGAUUCUACACAACUCCAAUUGAGAUUUAUAUUAAUAAUACCUUAUUUUUUUUAACAUAACUUGACAUCAGCUUUUAAAUUAAUUUGGGGGAAAGCUUAAAAAAACUUAAAACAUUUCAAAUUAAUUUCAAUGAUUCAAAGAGGAUCAAACCAAUGCUUCAUUAUAUUGGUGAGAAACAUAAUUAAAUUUUAUUCUUUUGCCUGUUUAAAAUAGGAUAGCAGUAUGUUACAAAUGCUUAUGUUUGAUCGCACACCAGCCAUUAGACAAGGCAUCAUCAAUUGUUUUAAAGAAAAGAAUCUGUACAGUGAUUAUCUGCAGUUACUUUUGUUGAAUGAGGUUCAACGCCUGUUGAUCCCUUUAUUUACUUCACAUGGCAAGGUAUGUUCAUUUAAUACAAAAUCCUUUGACACAAAUGAUAAUUGUAAUAGCUGAUUAUCACAAAAGCUCUAAAUCAAUCGUAUUGUUCACCUCCAGCAAAAACUCCACCCCGACCUCUUCUUCAGCUGACUAUAACUUAGCAAAAACUUUAUUUACCUCUUUGUUUUUCAAUAAAUUGCUAAACGUUUUAUGGACACUUUUAGCGUGUCUUUUAAUUUUCCAAGGCAGCAUUCACCCAAUGAUGGUAAGCGGAUUGGUGCAUGUCCGUGAGUCUUAUGGUAGUAGUGGUCAGUGAGUCUUAUGUCGCUCGUCCGAACAAAAUUAGUUAAGACAAAAAAAAAAGGGGGGGGUACAUUUUGGAGUCUUGUUUCAAAACGAAUAUCAAAAGUUAGAUUGUAUUCAGCAUAAAAAUACUCAUCAAGAGAUGCCUGAAAAACUAAACGUAUAUCAUAUGACAAAAUUUAAGAGAUGUCCAACCUAUCAAUCGAAAGAUCACAGGAAAAAAGACCAACCAUUUUAAUAAAUAUAUUUUGGCUUUGCAUGAUCUGCCAGUACCAGCUAUGCUAAAUUGGGUUCCUUAGGAACCCUUACCCUAAAACUAAAUUGUGUGUCUUAAUAUUUAUGAGGGGAUAUUCUAUUUGGACACAUAUGUUUAUAAUGAACGACCCUAACUACUUCUUCUUUUGCAUUUUGUGGACUUUGAAAAGAAAUGUGAGCUUUAAACCGUCUCAUGAUAUUUUGACUUCACACUUUACCUCAGCCUGUGGCUAUACUCCUAGACAACAUACUAUUAUUGUAAUUUUAUUACUAUGUUUCUGCGCUGAAGAAGGCUUCUUGAAACGCUCGUUGUCUUGUUACGUCAUUUUUUUUCAGGUUUCCACAUAACUCGUUUCAAAUAUUUCCUUCUUCCUAAUCUAAUUGCACCCCCACCCCUCACCCCGAGCUUAAUGAUCAUUCUAGCAACGUUGUUGAUAGCGUAAUAAAUAAUAUUUUACGAAAUAUUUAAUGUAAAAUAUAAAAGAUCAAUAAUAAAUAAAUCUUGCAUUGGUCCGUGGUGUAAUGGAAAUCUUCACUGGUCCCUGGUGUAAUGGAAAUCUUCUCCACCGGUACCUGGUGUAAUGGAAAUCUUCUCCAUUGGACCCUGGUGUAAUGGAAAUCUUCUCCACCGGUCCCUGGUGUAAUAGAAAUCUUCUUCACCGGUCACUGGUGUAAUGUAAAUAUUCUCCAUCGGUACCUGGUGUAAUGUAAAUCUUCUCCACCGGUACCUGGUGUAAUGGAAAUCUUCUCCAACGGUACCUGGUGUAAUAGGAAACUUGUCCACCAGUCCCUGAUGCAAUGGAAAACUUAUCCACCGUUCCCUGGUGAAAUGGGAACCGUGUUCCCCGGUCCCUUGUGGAAUGGGAAACUUGUCCAACGGCACUGGUGGAAUGGGGAACUUGUCCAGUGGUCCGUAGUGGAAUGGGAAACUUGUCCAGCACUCCACCAAAUUUAAAAUUAGGGGAACGCUAUUCUAAAUCAUUAUUAAUAUUAGUCUAAAUGUUCCUGUAUUUUAAACAAGUAUCUUAAAUGUCCAGUCUGCAUCGGCCCUAAGAGUCAUUGACCUAUACGUAUCAAUUUCUAUAAUUAGUCACUGCUGCAAUAGCUUUGAUAUAUACGGCCCUCUGGUGCUUUUUCCAAUAUGAAUAUGAUCAUUUUUUUUUUAUUUCUGUUUAUCCCAACCUACAGCCUAUAAAGAAAACUGCAGAGGACCAGUGGUUGAUGGUGUCUGGGUCUUUUAAUGGCAAAAAUGUUGUAGCUUUUAUUCAUGAACCCACGGAAGAGAACCAUUUCCAUAAAAUCAAAACAAAAUUUACAGCAAAAGAAGACUUAGUUCAUGUGCGACAGGCAAAAAUUCUUCAAAAACUUCAGCAUCAAAAUAUUACAACGAUCUUUGCGUACCGCUUGUACCGCAUUCCACAGUUUUAUAUACUAGAAGAAUGCAUGGAAGACAAUUUACAAGUGAGUUUGAUUUUUACUUUGCAGCGUCAGAAAUAUCGGUUUGUGAUUUUUUUUUUUAUAAAAAGAAGCAGAAUAUUAAUUGUAUUCUUAAACAUGUCAAUGGUGAGAAUAAUAUUAACUUAAACAUGUCAAUGGUGAGAAUAAGAUUAACUUAAACAUGUCAAUUGUGAGAAUAAGAUUAACUUAACUCAUUGAAUCAGCUCUGAUUUGAAUAAAUGUGUUGAGGGAGUCCAGCAAAAGUAUGAAUCAAGUUUUAUUUGGAAACAAGGAACCAAUUAUAGUUCCAUCAGUUAAUGCUAAACGGUUUUACUGGCAUAAAACUGACUCUGUUAAUUAGCUGUUAGCUUUUAAACUAUUCAACACUAACUCAUUUAAAGAAAAUAAAAGUUAUGAAAAUGAAAGGUGUGAAAAAUAAAUUUGUGGGAAUUUCAUAAAAUGUUAUACAUCCAACAGACAUUUUUAGUGUGUGUGUGGUUGAGUUAAACUUGAUAAACAUCAUUAAUAUCUUUGAUGAGAUAAUAAUAUUUAGCAUGAAUAGAUAGUUAAUAGUCUUCUUUUUGAAUAAUUAAAAAAAAAUAUUUGCAGAAUAGUUCUCUUUUUUCUUUUUCCAGACGGCAUUGAAGAACCGCAGAGAAAACAACAACAUGUUGACACAGUCUACAUUAAUUUCUUACCUGGCUGACAUUGCUGCUGCCCUGGGCUACUGCCAUGAGAUGAAUAUUGUACACAGAAAUCUGACAACUGCAAGUGUUUUCAUUGUUGGGGGAAAUACAGCCAAGCUUUCUGACUUUACUUUAGCUCUGCACUUAGAAAAUAAAGAAAGUGUUUGUGUUGGUAAAUAAUGUUUUAGUUUUCUUUAUGAAGAUGAUUUUGUUAACAUGUCUUAUCAGAUACUAACCUUAUUAAAUAUCUUCUCAGAUAAUAUUCUUAUAAACAUAUGUCCUCAGAUAAUAACCUUAUGAGCAUAUCUUCUCAGAUAAUAAUGUUAUUAACAGAUCUUCUCAGAUAAUAGAUCUUAUUAACAUAUCUUCUCAGAUUAUAAUCAUUACCAUAUCUACUCAAAUAAUAAUCUUUUUAACAUAUAUUCUUAGAUAAUAAGCUCAUUAACAGAUCUUAUCAGCUAAUAAAUUUUAUGAACAUAUAUUCUCAGAUAAUAAGCUCAUUAACAGAUCUUCUCAGAUAAUAAUCUCAUUAAUUAUCUUUUCAGAUAAUAAUCAUAUUAACAUAACUUUUCAGAUAAUAAUCUUAUUAAACUAUUUUUUCUGAUAAUAAUAUUACUAAAAUAUCUACUCUGGUGAAAAAAUCGUGCUCAACCUAUUUCUUGUUCACAACUAUUUUUAGAGGAUAAUCUACCACUGCCCACAAGAUGGACCUCUCCUGAAUCCCUCAGAGACUGCAUUUUUUCCAGAUCAUCAGAUGUUUGGAUGUUUGGUCAUCUGAUUUAUGAAAUGCUGACCCAUGGGGUGUUACCUUAUUCACACCUCAACCUGUCAGACUUGGAACUGGCAUUGCAUGUAAGUUUUCCCUUGUUUGACUACCUCUAACCCUAACCCUAACCCAACACCUCAACCUGUCAGACUUGGAACUAGCAUUGCAUGUAAGUUUUCCCUUGUUUGACUACCUCUAACCCUAACCCUAACCCAACACCUCAACCUGUCAGACUUGGAACUGGCAUUGCAUGUAAGUUUUCCCUUUUUUGACUACCUCUAACCCUAAUCCUAACCCUAUAGUGAUAGGUGACCAACCAAACCACUAUAUAAAUAUAUAUGUAUAUAUAUAUAUGUAUAUAACUUAUUUUCAAUCAUUGGUUUUAGCAAAGGAACUCUGAGUUAUCAAAAUAUUAUUAAAUUUAGACUAUUACUGGAUCUGUCACACUUAGUCAAGAGUUAAAACUAAACCUAUUUUCUCAGACUAUUACUGGAUCUGUCACACUUAGUCAAGAGUUAAAACUAAACCUAUUUUCUCAGACUAUUACUGGGUCUGUCACACUUAGUCAAGAGUUAAAACUAAACCUAUUUUCUCAGACUAUUACUGGAUCUGUCACACUUAGUCAAGAGUUAAAACUAAACCUAUUUUCUCAGACUAUUACUGGGUCUGUCACACUUAGUCAAGAGUUAAAACUAAACCUAUUUUCUCAGACUAUUACUCGGUCAGUCACACUAAGCAAAGCGUUAACCCUAACUUUAUUUUCUCAGACAAUUACUGGGUCAGUCACACUAAGUCAAGAGUGUGAAGCCUGUAUCAAGAAAAAUCACUGGGAAACAAUUGUGCAGUGUGUAAACCUGAAUCCAAAUUUAAGGCUUUCAAGUAAAGAAUUGCAAUGUAUCAUGGAGUCACAUAGAGAUUCGUGUAAGUUAUUGCAGAGUAUCAUGGAGUCAUAUAGAAAUUCAUGUAAGCUAUUGCUGUGUAUCAUGGAGUCAUAUAGAAAUUCAUGUAAGUUAUUACAGUGUAUCAUAUAUAGAGUCACAUAGAGAUUCAUUUAAGUUAUUGCAGUGUAUCGUGAAGUCACAUAAAAAUUCAUGUAAGUUAUUGCAGUGUAUCAUGGAGUCACAUAGAAAUUCAUGUAAGUUAUUGCAGUGUAUCAUGGAGUCACAUAGAAAUUCAUGUCAGUUAUUGCAAAAUAUUAUGGAGGCCAAAUAUGUUGGUAUUAGUUUGGCUCUCUCAUUCCUUUCAAGGCAUCUACAUGUUAUGUUUAUUUUCAGGUUCAGCUGUUACAGACUCAAGAAUCAAAACUAGAUAUCCAGACCUCACAAUGGGAUUCAGAUUGUCAUCAAGCAAUCAUAAAAAG